CUCUGCAUCGUUAUCAUCCUUCAUUUUGACAAACCACGUCUCGUGCACAUUAGAAUCACUCCCGUCCGAUCCUGCCAUGGCCGCUUCACUAGGCUCCAAUGCAGCUCUGCCUGUCAAUAACCCUCAGCCUCGGCUUCCGCCCGAGAUCUGCGAGCGCAUCAUCGACCAUCUCGAUCCGUACCCUUUGAAAUGGAAUGACGAUAGACAGACUCUGUUGAACUGCGCUCUCGUUUGCCGAGGGUGGUACUCCGAGAGCCGCGCGGUCCUUUUCGAGGAGCCCUCACUCCGCACUCGGAGAGGGGCGAUGGCCUUUGCGAGGUCACUGACGCAGAUGCCUCUCCUCGAUGCCCGUGUGCGACGUUUAGAGAUCGGGUAUUCGACGACAGUGCUGGAGUUAGCAUCGAUUCUCGUGAUGCUGGCAGGGAAACUUCCAAAGCUGGCCUCGCUCAGCGUCUACCGCGUCAGCUUCGAGCACAUGCGCAGUUUAGCGUUUUGGAGCUUGCACGAAUUCAGUCAUCUCACAUCACUGGAGCUAGAAUAUGUGACGUUGCCAUCGGCGAGCCCCUUCUUUCAAGUCAUCUCUUCAUUUCCUCAGCUGCAGUCUCUUACUUGCUGCAACCUGCACUGGAGCAAACCGACGUCCAUGGCUCCACUGCCUGAACGCCACCACAUGCCUUUGACGACAGUGACUUCCCUUGAAUAUGAUCUGUCAUGCUUCGAAGGCAUCGGACAUAUCCUUCUCAGCCUGCUGGAUCAGGCUAUGCUCGAAACCCUCAGGCUACGUUCACCAGUCUCCGCGGCGGCUCUUGCUUUCACUCAAGGCAUGCUGAACAUAGCCGGCAAGAGCCUUGAGAAGGCAGAAAUUGGUUUCCGCGCACUAAGACCCGGAGAUACCGAUGACAAUGUACAGUCCUUGCUCCUGCAUCCUAUCAGCUUUGAAGCAAACGUCAAUCUGCAGGCACUGCAACUGGGCAUCGACACUAUGAAAAUGAAUGAUGUUGAACUGUUUGUCCAGACUGUGCUGCUGCCUCUGCUCAACACAAUAUCAUCAAAAGAUCUCAAAGAAAUCAAGUUCAUAAUAAGUCGUGGUGACGAAUGGGAAACAGAUGCCUUGCUUAAUGCAUUUGAUCCAGAGGUCUGCACCCAGAUUGAUGAGCUUUUGGCUGAGGGACAUUUCCCCAAGCUGCGAGACGUGUCUAUAGACAUUGAACUACUCAAUCUUGAUUUGGAUGACUCGCAGCAUGUUGAGUUUUGCACAGAGAUCUGUGCGCGUUUUCCUAAACUGAUUGACAUGAACAUGUUGAUUAUUUAUUAUAACGGAUGCCAAUUUCCGAGUUACGCUGAGAGGGCAUUGAAGGCGAAACAACUGGCCAAUAAGCAGCCUCAUCCAAUCGAGCAAGCCGCCGCAUAGGCAAAUACUGCCUUGCAGUCGUGCCAUCUCGCCUUCACUUUCCC